AUGGUUUGUCCAAGAUUCUGCAUGCUCCUGUUGGUGGUUGAUGAUUCUGCUGUUCCAUUUAAUGACUCUGAUGCAUCAGUACUUUUUGAUGGAUCAAAGUCUGAUGAACACAAGCUAGAGCUCAGAAAGAGUCAUGCAAAUGACAAUUUAUCCACCCCUGCUAUUAGAAGUCUUGCAAAGCAACAUGGUAUUGAUUUAGCUGAUGUCACUAGAAGUGGUAAACAUGGAAGAAUAUUGAAAGAAGAUGUUCUAAAAUAUGGUGUAGAAAAAGGAAUUAUUGAUGACAAACCUUCUUUUAAUCCUACUUUUAUCGAACCCAUGUUUGGACCUGAAGAACAACUUCAAGAGAUGGAUGAAUCAAUUUAUCAUGAUAAGAUAUUCUCUCAAAGGGCUUAUCAGCGUGCAAUGGUUAGGUCAAUUACUACAGCUGCUAUUGUUCCUCAUUUUCAUUAUGUGGAAGAAAUAAAAUGUGAUGGGCUUAUGAAACUUAAAUUAGCUUUCCAGAAAGAGAAUACUGAUCCAGAUAUUAAAUUCACAUUCCUUCCCAUGUUAAUAAAGUCAUUAUCCAUGGCAUUGACCACACAUCCAUUAGUCAACAGCACCUUCAACUUGGAAAAUUAUGAAGUCACUCUAAAAGGCUCUCACAACACUGGAAUUGCCAUGGCCAUACCUUCUAACAAAUAUGGCUGA